GUAGAUGUUUACGUUAGAGAAUACCUGCACGUGGACAAAUCAGAUAAGCUGUUUGUAAGGAUACGAGAGAUGCUAAAAAAUAAAGUUGGCAAGAAGCUGGAACGGACUUCUGAAAGGGGUCUAAAGUUCACGUUAAAAGGGGACAUCGAGAUUUUAAUGUUUACCCACGGGGCAGUAGGGGGCCAUCGAGUCUGGAUCGAGUACAGAUUUGUGCGUGACACUACUUUGGAUCACCUAAGACCUUUCAGCAUGCCUAAUCGGACAGAUUGUGGGACAGCCACUGGCAAUUCCUCAUUAAAUACAGUUACAUCACUGACAACGCGGGAUAACAGAAUACAGCGAUUUCAUAAGACUUCUGCAGAAACGUCGACGAUGGCUGGCUUUUGGUCGACAGCUCCUUCAACCAACACGUACGAUGCAGAAGAGCAAGAUGGAAACUCUAGUAUUUGGAGAGCGGAUAUCCACAUCGCUGAUGGUAAAACGGACUUGAAUGAUACAAUCGUACAGCGACAGUAUGAAGCAGUUUCCGAUCUGCCAAUAAUAAUCGCCAGCUGUGUUGUCGGAUUAGUGUUUACCGUUACGUUGAUAUGCAUCGUAAAGAAAUGCAAAAGAAGAAAAAAGCCGUGUCAGCGCCCAGGCCCGGAUACCGUCAGUGUUGCAUCAGAGAGAGGCUUACUGGCGUGCACUCCAACACAGCGACGCUGUCAUUUUGUCAUAAACUCUGCCAACGUUGGCACCAGUGCAGAUCCAUCCGCGAGCACGGGACACAACGUAGUGCUGUCUGAAAAUAUUGAUAUGAUGCAAGAACCAUGUAAUCCCGAUAAAAGAGGCAUCUCAGUCCUCGAGCGUCAUUCAUAUCAACAGGAAUUGGAUUUAAAUCCGAUCGACUUCACGAAAUAUAUCAUAUCAAACCAACAAAAUAUGGCGGACAGUCAGUACAGCGAGCAUGGCGUGUAGCCCCAGGCUUUGGUCCAACACAAAGCUGAUUGUCUUUGUAAAGUCUGAUACAAGUUCAUUGAUCAGUUCUCAUGUUCAUCAUCACACAGAAUCACACGAAGUUAACGUUUUGUAAAUAUGUCCAGAAGCCGGCCAGCGCCAUUGUUAGUACAACAUUUUCAAAAGAAUUGCUAUUAAGAGAAAC